AUGGAGAAAACGCCUCCCAAGGUCACCACCGGCCUCAUCGAGCGCGGAAGGCAGCAGCAGCAGCAGCAGCAGCAGCAUAACGCUCUGCUGCUGCUGCUGCUGCAGUUCCUGCUGCCUCAGCUCAAAUACACACGCAAAAUUUCUGGUGGAGCUGCAGCAGCAACAGCAGCAGCCGUUCCUGCAGCAGCAGCAGCAGCAGCAGCUGGGGCCCUCGGGCAGCAGCAGCAGCUACAGCUGAAGCAGCAGCAACAGCAGCAGCCACAGCAGCGCAGUAAAUGCUAUAGCAACAACAGUUUAGCAAGAAGAGUUAUCUUAAAUAUAGAAAGGCAAGCAGCUACUGCAGCAGCAGCAAAAAAGCAACAGCACCAGCAACAGCAGCAGCAGCCGAAGCCGCCGCGGCUGCCUGCAGGACUAGCAGCAGCAGCAGCAGCAGAGGCGGCUGCAGUAGUUGAACGCGGCGGGGGCCCGCGACAGCAACAGCAGCAGGAGAAACAGCAGCAGCAGCAGCAGCAAAAGGAAUUUGUAGUUGUUUUGUCUUUGUGUUUAUUUAAAUUGAAUAUUGAGCUCUCCUCUCGAGACUCUUUAACUUUACCUGCCUGCAGCAGCAACUGCAGCAGCAGCAACAGCAACAGCAGCAGCAGCAGCUGCUGCUGCUGCGGCUGUCUUGUCUGUUCCCUUCCUUGUUGUGGUUUUCUGUUCUUUGCUGCUCUUCCCUUAGAAGAUCUUGCAUGCAUCCUCUUCUUUAAGAGAAGCAGCGGCAGCAAACUCUGCGGCAGCAGCGACUGCAGCAGCAGUAGCAACAGCAGCAACAGCACAUAUAUCGCUUCAGCUUCUUUAGCAGCAGCAGCAGGAACAACUGCAGCAGCAGCAGCAGGAACUUUUUGCCGGGCCCCUCCUCACCCUAUAUUAGGCGAUUCUCCUGUUACUGCUGUUCGCUCGGAAGCAAAGACAGCAUUGGGCUUACUCUUCUCUGAAUUCAGCAGCAGCAGCAGCAGCUGCUGCAGCAGCAGCAGCUGCAGCAGCACCAGUAUUAGCAGCAAUAGUUGGGGGUCUGGCCGUGGGGGCAACGCCUACAGCAGCAGUAACAGCAGCAGCAACAGAUUGACGAGCAUAGAGAACCCUAUAAGUCUCGCGCUGCAGCAGCAGCAGCAGCAAUAUAAGGCAGCAGCAGCAGCAGCAGCAGCAGGAGAACAAGCCCUUAAAGCUGUUGCUGAUGCUGCUGCUAAGUAUUUACCUGCUGCGCUGCAGCGGCGGCUGCCAUCAUUAACAGCGCAGCACUACAGCAGCAGCAGCAGCAGUAGCAGCAGCAGCAGCAGCAGCUACGGGGGUUAUGUAGCAGCAGGACACCAUCAAGGUCUCCCCCGUGCAUACAGCAACAGCAGCAACAGCAGCAACGGCAGAGGCACCCCAUACACCGCAGCAGCAGCAGCAGCAGCAGCAGCGCAGCAACAGCAAGGUCGUGUUAUGUGGGGUUCUUCCCCUUCAAAUCGUUACAGGCCUCCAACUGCAGACACCACCAUCACCAGCAGCAGCAACAGCAGCAGCAGCAACAGCAGCAGCAACAGCAACAGCAGCAGCAGCAGCAGCAGCGUAGGAUCCUAUGAAAUGAGCAUCAUAGCUGAUCUUGCUGCUGCUGCAGGUGUACGUUUACGUCCUGCUGCUGCUGCUCUUAAUGAUUUUGUCCUUCGUGCUGCACCUCUUGAUCCUUUGCUGCUGUGCUGCUUGCUGCAGCAGCAACUUGCUGCACCAGAUGAUCAGUGGGUAGCUAAGCUACGUCUUCUAUAUGGCAUCAAGGCGUUGCUGCAGCACGAGCAGCAGCAGCAGCAACAGGACGAUCGUUGCAGUUUUAAGUCUGCUGCAGCAGCAAAUCUGCAGCAGCAAAUUGUUGAGUGCAGCAAAACCCCACAACUUCAAUCUAUAGCACAGGAGGUGCUGCAGCUGCUGCAGGGUUCAGAUGCCGCUGCUGCUGCUCCUGCUGCUCCUGCUGCAGCAGCUACUCCUGCAGCAGCAACUCCUGCUGCUGCUGCUGCUGCAGCAACUCCUGCUGCCGCCGCUCCUGCUGCUUCUGAGGAUUUACUUAUGUUAGAGCAGCCAGAAGCAGCACCAACUGCAGCAACAGCAGCAGCAGCAGCAGAUUCAGGCUUGCUGCUAGAUGACUUGCUUCAAGAGCAGCCAGCAACAGCAGCAGCAACAGCAGCAACACCACCAGCAGCACCAGCAACAGCAGCACCAAUAGCAGCACCAACAGCAGCACCGGCAACAACCUUAAAGGUUACUGAGUCUGCUGCUGCUGCUGCAGCAGCAACUAACAAACAAGGUGACAGUUUAGAUUUGCUGUUAGGGUUUAAACCUCCUGAGGCUGUCGAACCUCCAACGGCGCUCUUCUCGGGGCUUCAGCUUAAGGGUUCAGAUGCACGAGCUGCUGCUCCUGCUGCUGCUGCACCUGCUGCUCCCGUUGCUUCUCCUGCUGCUUCUGGCGCUGACACGGGUGCUCCGCUGCCCGGAUUUGCUGCUGCUGCUCGCCCGCCCGCCUUGCAGCAGCAGCAGCAGCAAACGCAGCAGCAGCAGAACUUGCUGCUGCUUUCUUCGCUAGACUCACCCACUGCAGCAUCGUCAGCAGCAACUGCAGCAACAGCAACAGCAGCAACAACAGCAGCAACAGCGACGAAGACCUUAUUGGAUGGGGACCUCCUAGAAGCAGCAGCAGCUGGCCCUACCGUGCAGCAGCAACAGCAGCAGCAGCAGCUUCCGCUGUUGCUGGAUGUGGCAGUUGAUGCAGUGCCCGUACAGCCGCAGCAGAAGCAGCAGCAGCAGCAGCAGGCUUCUCGUUUUGCAGUGCUGCAGCCGCAGCAGCAGCGGUCAGCUGUACCAGCUUUCUCUUUUGUUGCUGCUGCUGCACUGCAGCAACAGCAGCAGCAGCAGGCCAGUAAGUUCCCGAGUGCUGCUGGCAGCAGCAGCAGCGGCGACGGUGGCCUCUCUGCUUUUUCUCUUAUAGCAAAGUAG